AGUUAAGAACAUGUGUAGAUCAAAGCUACCUUUAUUCUCGUGUUAGAAUACCUUCAAAAGAAUCCAAAAGUAGCAGAUAUUCAAGUCUAUAAAGACAGACUAGCCUUAUGUUUUUUUCGCAGAAAUUAACAUAGUUUUGGGGUCGGAGAUAGAAAAAGGGAUGGGGAAAGUGAAGCAGAUUUUGAUUAUGAUUUUUAUUUUACUGGCUGUAUCAGGUGCAAGUUCUGUCGAUCAGCUGCAUAAAUGGAGAAAAUCAAUGUCCUCUGGAGCUUCUUCUUCAUCAGGGGUCAGUAGAGUUGGGUCAUCUGUCAUAUUCCAACUAUAUGGCAAUGUUUAUCCCAAUGGGUUUUAUUUUGUGCAAGUUUUCGUGGGACAUCCUCCAAGACCCUACUUUCUUGAUCCCGAUACAGGCAGUGAUCUAACGUGGCUUCAAUGUGAUGCGCCUUGCGUCCGUUGCACGAAGGGGUUUCAUCCGCUUUACCGGCCCACUAAUGACCUUGUAGUAUGUAGAGAUCCCCUUUGUGCAUCUUUGCACUCGAGUGAUUAUAGAUGUGAUGACAACCCAGAACAAUGUGAUUAUAUGGUCGAGUAUGCAGAUGGAGGUUCCUCCCUUGGUGUACUCGUCAACGAUUUGUUUACCCUCAAUCUUACCAGUGGAGUUCGAAUUUUUCCUCGUCUGACUCUCGGAUGUGGGUAUGAUCAGCUACCUGGUGUAUCUGAUCAUCCCUUAGACGGAGUACUUGGUCUUGGCAAAGGAAAAUCCAGCAUUGUUUCUCAACUUAGUGAUCAACGAGUUGUCAAAAAUGUUGUCGGCCAAUGUUUAAGUGGCAAAGGAGGGUACCUUUUCCUUGGGGAAGAUGUUUAUGAUUCUUCACGCAUAACAUGGACACCAAUGUCGCGUGAUCACACAAAGCACUACGCAGCUGGAAGUGCAGAAUUUUUUUUCGAUGGGAAAAGUACUGGGAUUAAGAAUCUUAAUGUGAUCUUCGACAGUGGGAGCUCUUACACAUACUUUAAUUCUCAGAUUUACCAUUCUCUAAUUUCUUCGAUAAAGAAAGGAUUAAGUAGGAAGCUGAGAGAAGCAACUGAUGACCGUACUCUUCCGUUCUGCUGGAAAAGAGAGAAACCUUUUGAAAGUAUCCGCGAUGUCAAUAAAUACUUCAAGCCUCUAGCAUUGAGAUUUCCCAAUGGCAGGAAAGCCAAACCCCAGUUUGAAAUUCCCCCCGAAGCAUAUCUUAUUAUAUCAUCAAAGGGCAAUGCUUGUUUGGGAAUUCUGAAUGGCACUGACAUAGGGUUGGAUAAUUUGAACAUGAUUGGAGAUAUUUCAAUGCAAAAUAAAAUGUUGAUUUAUGACAAUGAGAAGCAAGCAAUAGGUUGGACUGCUGCAAAUUGUGAUCAGCCUCCAAGUUCGAAUCGAGCAACAUUGUAAUCAGGAUUAGGACCUCUUUUCUUUUCCCUUUUGACUCAUGUAUACAUACUUGUAACUCUAUUAAGUAAUUUAAUAUAGAACAAUAAUCACUGGAGGGAAGAGAAAGCAAUAAUGUACAGUACCUUGUACUAUGUUACUGAUGUUCUUAAUAGUCUAAACAGCACUUAAUGCUGGAACCAUAUUUCUAUC